CAAAAUAUAAUGGAAAAACGUUUUCAACAACAACAACAACAACAAUCAAUACAAUCACAAUCACAACAACCAAUAUUAACAGGUCAAUUAUCAAUUAUAUCACCAGAAAGUGAACAAUCAUCACAAGUAACAUCAGUAACAAAUUGUAGUGAAUUAUUACAAACAACUGGUACAACAUUUAGUUCAGAAGGUACCGGAUCAGGUUCAGCAUAUCCAUUUGCAAUUGAUCCACAACAACCUGGGCCAAGUACCGAAUUGAUUGGUAGUAUUCAAACAACAACAACAACCAUAACAACAACAACAACAAACGCAACAGCAACAACAAGUAAUAAAUUUCAUCCAACACAAUUAAUUGCAUCUGGUAGUAAUAGUAAUAAUGAUCAUGGUGGUCAUAUAUUUAUGGGUGGUUAUGCAUUAGAUUUUGAUGAUGAUGAUGAUGAUGAUGAUGAUGAUGAUAAUGAUUAUGAUGACGAUGAUGAUGAUGAAGUUUAUGAAAUGGAAACAACUGAAUCUGGAAAUAAUAAUCAAAAUAAUAAUCAAAUUGAUUUUCAUCAUCAUCAUCGUCAUCAACAUCAUCAUAAUGUUGAUUUUGCAAUGGCUGAAGGUAGUAGUCAAGAUGAUGAAGAAAAAGCAAAAUUUGAAUUAGAAUUUGAAACAACCGAAGAUGAUAUUUGUAAUGAUGAUGAUGAUGAAUAUGAUAUGGAUAAUUAUUAUUGUAAUAAAAAUGAAAAUGAUAAAAAAAAUUUUAAUAAAAUUAAACGACCAAAUGAACUUAAUGUUGUUAGUCCAGUUGAUGUAAAUCGAUAUUAUCGAUCUAAUAAAGAAAAAAAUAUUGUUAAAUUAUCAUCAUCAUCAUCACCGUCACCAUCACCGGAAAUUAUUUCAAAUAAUGAAAAAAUUAAUAAUAUUCGUUCAGGUGAUGAUAAUAAUAAUGUUGAACAAUCUACAACGACAACAACAACAACAAUUCUUUCAUCACCUGGACGUGUUACAUAUGGUACAAGUAAAUCAUUACCAGAAAAUUUAUUUCGUUCAGUUGAUGAUCCAGAAAUGAUGAUGAUUAUACAAUCACCAUUAAAACGUUCAAAUAAUGAUGGUGAACGAAAAGUUCGUUUAUCCAGAACUAAAUCAAGUACAUUUGGACGUAGACGUGAUUCAAAUGAUCAUUAUAUUGAUUCUGAUCAACAAACAAACAAAUUAUAUUCAGAUAAUCAACAACGAAAUAAACGUUUUGAUACAAUUGAUUCAAGAACAGCAAGUGAUUUAACACCAUUACAAGAUAUUUAUAGUUCAGAUCCAUCAACAACAAUUGAUUUAUCUAUUGCUAAUACUGUAAUUGAAAAACAAGAACAAAAACAAUUACAACAAAAUAAUAAUAAUGAUGAUAAUGAACAUAGUAUUGAUGAAAAUGAAAGUAAUAAACUACGUCGAAUGUCACAAGAAAAAGCUAAAAGAUUUUCGGCUGAAAUUUUUGAAAAAUUAAAUAUUACACCAGAAAGUUAUGCUAAUGAAAAUCGUAUGAUUGGUAACGAACUAUUAGAUAGUAAUGAUAUUUGGGAAGCAGCAUUAAAUGUUGGCCAAAAUAAUUCUGCCUUGAAUCCUGUAUGUGAUACGAUGAAAAAAUCGAAAAAAUUAUUGGUUACCGAUUUUACUGAUGAAAAUUUAACAACAACAACAACAACAGCGACAAUAACAUUUGCACCGAAAGAAAAAUCAUCAUCAUUAGUAACUAAUGGUAAUACAACAACAUCUAAUCAACAACAACAAUCAACAUCCAAACAAACAACAAAAUUAACAAAAUCUCGUUUGAUGACACCAUCAUUACGACAAUCAAUAUUGAAUCAAAUGAUUGCUAUUGCUGAUGCUGAAAAUGAUGAUGAUGAUGAUGAUGAAAAAAUUAAUAUUAAUGAUUCGAAUAAAACAAAAGAAACUAAAACAAUUACAUCAACAAUGAUGGAUAAAUCAUUACAAAAGAAUCAAGAAGAAACAUUUCAAUCUGCUGGUAGUGAUGAAUUGAAAAGGAAAUUAUCAAAUCAAACAAUAACAAAUAAAAGAAAUAAUAAUAAUCAUAAACUUCAACAACAAAGAAGUAUUUAUGAUUCAACCAAUAAUAGUCGUACAUAUUCAAACAGCAACAACAACAAUGAUGUUGUUGAUAUAUGUAAAUCAAAUUCAACAAAAAGUUCAUCAAUUAAUGAUGAUGAUAAUGAUGAUGAUGAUGAUGAUGAUGAUUCACAAACAUUUUCAAUUGAAAAUUUACCUGAAGAUAGUACAACAUCAGGUAGUUUUAUGUUAGAUGAUGUUACAUCAAAUAAUACAAGUGAUGCAUUAAAUGGUUCAUAUUUAAUAUCUGAUUCAAUAUCAGGUUCAACAUCAAGAAAUUUUUAUUCAGUAUCAAAUGAUUUAAUGGAUGAUGAACCAUUAAUGGAUAAUCGUAUGGGUAAAAGUGAACCAGCAACAUCUGAAUUAAUACAUGAUCAAUCGGAUGUUGAUCAAAAUUAUCAAUCAAUGCCAUGUAAUAUUAAUCGUAUAAUUGUAGCAAAACAAAUUGGUGGUGAAAAUCCAAAUUAUUUACGUGUACGUUUUGAACAAAGACAACGUAAAGCAAUGGAAAGAAAUGAUAAAAAUAUUAAAACAAAACCAACAACAACAACAACAACAACAACAAUAUCUAGUAGUACAAGUCAAUCACAAGAUAAAUCAUCACAAGAUGAUGAUAAUAAUAAAAAUCCGGAUGAAGAUUAUACUUGUACGGAUAAUUUUUUUGGUAAAUAUCAGAAAAUACUUGAUUCACAAUAUGAAGAGCCAACAAAUCGUAUAAUAUCGACAAAUAUUCGACAAGAACAAUCAUCAAUAAGUAAUAAAAUAGUUACAGGAACAUCAUCCGAACAUCAUGAAUCAGAAAUUAAUCGAAAACGUAAACAACAAAAACAACAUCGUCAAACAUCAUCAUCACAGGCAAAAGAUAUUUCAUCUACCUGUCAACAACAACUACAACAACAACAACAACAGCAUUUACAAUCGGGCAAUAAUCAUAAUAAUAAUCAUAAUCAUAAUCAUCCAAUUGGACAACAUCAUCAAUAUUGUAAUACAACCGAUAUGUUUGAACAAUCAUCACAAGCAACUGAACGUGAUGUUGAACGUUCAGAAUUUUCAUUACAGAAUCAAAAUUCUGAAUUAGAUGAAGAUGAAUCAUUAACAUUUGAAAAUUUAAAUAAUCAAAGUUUAUCGGUUAUUGAUGAAGAUUCAAAAGGUGAUCAAGAAUCUGGUACAGGUGUAGGUGUUCAACAACAAAAACAGCCAAUGUUACCUCAACCACCAUCAUUAACAUCUUCUAGAUCUAUUCAAAAUAAUGAUAAUAAAAAUAUUGAUAUUGAUAAUGAUAAACAUUUAGCUACAGGUUCAGGUGAACUAAUCCAAACAUUAAGUCAAUUGGAUAGUAGUGGUGAUAAAUCUGAAUUACUUGAAGAACGUGAUCUGAGUUUAGAAGCAGUAUUACAAGAAGAAAGUAAAGAAUUGGAACGUGUAAAAGCAGCUGAAAGAUUAGAAAGACAUAGUAAACGUUAUCAUCAUUCUCAUCAUCAUCAACAUCAACAACAACAACAACAUGGUAACAAUUUGUCGCAUAAUACAUUGAUAGAAGAUACACCAACUACUUGCCAUACAUCGACAACAUUUCAAUUGAACACAAUGGAUGAUAGUUCUAGAGAUAUUCUUGACACGUCUCAUAAUAUUAUUGUACAUGAUGAUGAAGAACGUACAGAAUUACGUGAUGAACGAAUAGCAUUAUUAACAUCAUCAAUAGCAACUAAUGAUUCUAGUGAUGGAUCAGGUCUACCAAGCAAUAAUGAUGAUAAUAAUAAUAUGAAUAUGAAUAUGAAUGCUCGACAAAAAUUUAAUCGAAAAAUGAAAGAAAUUGAACGAAGAAUUUUAUCCGAUCAACAUCAUCAUAAUCAAAUUGUUACGGAAAAAGUAUCGAAAAUUCAACCGAAAAAUGAUCAACAUCAACAAGAAAUAGCUCGAAAUACAUUUAAUUCACAUAAUAAUUCUACAUAUUCUGAAUGUAGUUCAAUAACAACACCUGAUCAUAAAAAUGUAAUUAUGGCCAAUACUGCUGAACUUCCAUCAAUAUUGAAACAUAAUAGACGUGGUCAAUCACAACCUCCACCAAUAGCUGGCGCUAGUUCCACUACUGGACAACGACAAACAUCGAAUGUUGCAUUUGCUAAUCAAUUAGCUAAUGAUACUGGUGAUCACCAUCUUCAUCCUUCAUCAAUAUCUAAUCAACAUUGUUGUUCAAGAUGUUAUCAUCGUCAUCAUCAUCAUCAUCAUCAUCAUCGUCAUCCUCGUCAUCCGGUUGGAUCGGCUAAUCAUCAUCGACCAUCAACAACGGCAGGUUCAUCAUCAUCAACAAAACAUUCGGUUUGUUUACAUCAUGGUCCUAGUGGUAGUAGUGGUGGUGGUGGUGUAAGGACCACAAGUAAUCAAGAUGAGAUUAUUAUACAGGCACGUGCACGUUCAUUAACUCGUAAUCUUGGUGUGAAUAAUAAUGCUAUAACCGGAACAAUUGGCCUACAAAAUAAACUAAAUGAAGUUCAUCUUGAACAACAACAACAACAACAAUUAACGGAUCAAAUACCUGCACAACGACAACGAUCACCUUGUAAUCAACAUCAUUUUACAUGUAGUCAUUGUGGUGAAUCAACAAUGCCACCAAAUCUUGUACCAAUAAUUUCAACAACAAGUCGAUUUAAACGUAGAGGAAUGCCACAAUUAUCACGUAAAUCAUUUACUGUUGAAGAUGUUUAUUUUGAUGUUGAUGAUGAAGAAAAUGAUAUUGGUGUUCAUUCGGAAACUUAUCGUUCAUCAUUAUGGAUAUAUAUUGGUCGUAAAGAAGAAUUAAAUAUUUGGAAUAAUCUUAAUCGUGCUGUAUUGAAUCGUUCAACACAAGAAUAUCCAUCCAAAAAUCGUAAACAAUUUCGAUUUCCCCGAAUAGAUGAUACUAAUAAUGAUGGAAGUGAUCGUAAUAAUAACAAUAAUAAUAAUACAAAUUCAUCAACAACAACCGAUACAAAUUCUAUUUCUAUUUCAACAACACAAUCUGAAUCAGAAGAAAGUACUGCAUCGGAAAAAAAUUUUCGUCAACGUUAUGAAACAGUAACACAUCGUUUAAUACAUCGUAAAGCAUCAAUUGAAUUAUAUCGUAGAAUUUUGGAUCAAACAUUUACCAUAGAUAAAUGUCUAACAUUGACACGUGAUAAUAAUGAAUUUGGAUUUCGUAUACACGGAAAUCGUCCUGUUGUUGUAUCAGCUGUUGAAAAAGGAACAUCAGCUCAACAUAAAGGUUUAGAAGUUGGUGAUAUAAUUGUUGCUGUUAAUGGUCAUACAGUGUUAGAUUCAUCACAUUCAGAAGUUGUUCGAAUGGCUCAUCAUGGACAUUCAUUAAAAUUAGAAGUUGCAAGUACAGCAACCGCAUUGAAAACUGAAACAGCACAAGCAAGUGAAAAUGAGCCUAAAGUGAUUAUCAAUGGAUAUUUAAGUCGAUUUAUCGAUAAAUUAGCCGAAAAAUGUAGUACUAGCCGUGAUAAAAUGACCAAUCCAAAAUUAUGGAGAAGACGAUGGUUUGUAUUAAAAUCUGAUGCUUGUCUAUAUUGGUAUCGUAAUCCAAAAUCAUUGGAACCGAUUGGAGCUAUUUCAUUACAAGGAUACUGUGCUGGAAUGGUAAAUGAAUGUUUAUUUGGUCAAGAACAUUUAUUUCGUUUAGUUGGUUAUAAAACAACUAAAUGUAAAUAUCUAGCAGCAAUUGAUCAUGCAACAGCAAUACAAUGGGUUAAAGCAUUAAAUCAAAAUUCUAUUCAAUAUAGCAAUAGCGAUGCAUUUAUUGACAACACUUUACAUAAUAUACAUCGUAAUCCAUUGAAUUUUAUUAAUCCAGAUUGUUAUGGUUUUCUUUGGAAAUUUAAUCAAAUUAAAAUGAAUUGGAAACAAAGAUAUUUUGUAUUAAAAGAUGCAUGUCUUUAUUUUUAUGCUGAUGCAAAUUCAACAACAGCAUUAGGUUUAUUUUUUCUUCAUGGUUAUCGUGUUCAAGCAAAUGUUACAUUUAAUCUUGAUAAACAAUCACAACAACAGCAGCAGCAACAACAACAACAACAAUCAACAAUUACAGCCGAAACUCGUAAACAUAUAUUUGAAAUUGUACCAAGUGAUUCAAAAUAUAGACAUAUUUGGUUAUGUGCCGAUUCUGAAUCUGAUCGUAAACGCUGGACAUAUGCAUUAGAAUAUUCGAUUGAUCGUUGGAUUCGUCUUAAAUGAAAAAAAAAUUACAAAUUGAUUAUUUACUGUUUUUAUUUUCAAAAAAAUCUUAUGUGAAACUCUUCACCAUAAAUACACACUUACACUGAACAUUUUAAAGCAAAAAUAUUUCAAUUUCUGUUUUCCAUUUCUUAUCCAUAAUAAUAAUAA